GCAGUGAAGGCAGAGGGAGACAGAAGGGCCAAUAGCUUCGGACAAGGGAAUCGGUACAAUCUGGCCCGUGUUUGCUGAUGAUAAUGCGCCUUUCCAAAGCCCUAAUAGACAUGGAGAUGGCAGAUUAUAGCGCAGCGCUAGACCCGGCGUAUACCACUCUGGAGUUUGAGAACAUGCAGGUGCUGGCUAUGGGCAACGCAGACACGUCUCCAUCAGAAGCAGCCAACCUCAACACUUCCAACAGCAUCGGGGUGAGCGCGCUGUGUGCCAUCUGCGGGGACCGCGCCACGGGGAAGCAUUACGGGGCUUCCAGCUGCGAUGGCUGCAAAGGCUUCUUCAGGAGGAGCGUCCGGAAGAACCACAUGUACUCCUGCAGGUUCAACAGGCAGUGUGUGGUAGACAAAGACAAAAGAAACCAGUGCCGGUACUGCAGGCUGAAGAAGUGCUUCCGAGCAGGAAUGAAGAAGGAAGCCGUACAAAACGAACGGGACCGAAUCAGCACCCGGAGAUCCAGUUACGAAGACAGCAGCUUGCCCUCCAUCAACGUCUUACUGCAGGCAGAAGUCUUGGCACAACAGAUAUCAUCCCCGGUUCCCGUGAUCAAUGGAGACAUCCGAGGGAAGAAGAUUGCCAACAUCUCUGACGUGUGUGAAUCCAUGAAGCAGCAGCUGCUGGUGCUGGUAGAAUGGGCCAAGUACAUCCCUGCCUUCUGCGAGCUGCCCCUGGAUGACCAGGUAGCGCUGCUGCGAGCACACGCAGGGGAACAUCUGUUGCUGGGAGCUGCCAAGAGGUCCAUGGUGUUCAAGGAUGUCUUGCUGCUAGGAAAUGACCACAUCAUCCCACGGAACUGCCCUGAACUGGUGGAGGUGAACCGUGUGGCCAUCCGCAUCCUCGACGAGCUGGUCUUCCCCUUCCAGGAGCUGCAGAUAGAUGACAAUGAGUAUGCCUGCUUGAAAGCCAUCAUCUUCUUCGACCCAGAUGCCAAAGGACUGAGCGACCCCUCCAAGAUCAAGCGGAUGCGGUACCAGGUGCAGGUCAGCCUGGAGGACUACAUCAACGACCGGCAGUACGACUCGCGGGGCCGCUUUGGGGAGCUGCUGCUGCUGCUACCCGUGCUGCAGAGCAUCACCUGGCAGAUGAUAGAGCAGAUCCAGUUUGUCAAGCUCUUCGGCAUGGCCAAGAUAGACAACCUGCUGCAGGAGAUGCUGUUGGGAGGCUCAUCAAGUGAAACGCCGCAUGCUCAUCACCCCCUGCACCCUCAUCUGAUCCAGGAGAACCUGGGAACAAACGUCAUUGUGGCCAACACAAUGCCUCCUCAGAUGCACAAUGGGCAGAUGUCUACUCCAGAAACUCCACAGCCAUCUCCACCUGCAGGCUCAGGACCAGAGCAAUAUAAGCUGCUGCCUGGAGCCAUUGCAACCGUGGCAAAACAGCCCACCUCCAUCCCGCAACCCGCCAUCACGAAACAGGAGGUCAUCUAGCAACCUGCUGACCAGCUGGCCUCGUUUAGAAGACCGUGUGGGAGAAAAGCCUGAAGUGACUCUGCCACUGUGAAAAGAGAAGCCAUCCAGAGGUCACCGGGCACAAACACACGGACUUGCUUAUUGGACUAGUCCACCACCGCCAAAAGCUGUCUUCCUGCAGCUACGGACAGCAUGUGCCAUGGGCAGCCCCCAGCCCCAGAACUAAGGUUGAAGCCUUACUGAAACCCUCAGUCCUUGCAAGAAGGGCCAGAUUUCUGCCACUCUCCGUGGGGAGGUUGCGGUGACCGGCUGGGGACGGUGCAGCUGGCUGUUCCCCCAUUGCCACCUCUCAGCGUUGGUUCAGCACACACCAGACACUGAGAACAAGAGAUUCUCUGUGCUUUGUGAAUGGGGGGCUUCCCUCCCGCAGCCAUGCCAGCUCCCCAGACAGUCCCCAGUCCAGUCAAACUUGAUGGAGAUGGAAGCUCCCCCAGGAGCAUCACAGCACAUGGGUUUUGCUCAGGCAGCACUGGCAGAACCGCUCCUCAGCCAUGGCUAGUCCCAGGUCUUUGCAUGGUGUCACCCUCCAGCAAACUUACCCCCCCAGCCAGGUCUAACAAAUCUGUUCAGCUGAUACUGGGGCAAAGUCUGGCCCACUGGGAUUCUCCACUAUGUGGAUCCUUCUGCCUUUUGAGGGGUUUUGUUAUUUCAGUGCUAUGACCACCCUCCCACCACAAGGCUCAGAGAGGCAACCACUGCCAAAUCCUUCCCUUACACCACUUACUGCCUCCUCGCUACCUGGACUGGGAAGUUGGGGGACCAUGGGAUUCAGGAGAUUUCAGCUAAUGGGAUGGGGUCACCCCCAUACAGGCUGGCAGUGGGCAGCACUGCCCAAAAUAUCACUGGCCCCACUACUACCUCUCAGCAGUCAGAAGACCAUUGGAUGCCUAUUUGGAAGGAAAAGGGGGGGAAGGACAUAUGAAGGGGAGAGGCCUGUGAGGGUGAGAAGGGCCCAAGCCUCAGAGACUGGACCAAGGUCUUGGUCUGCCCAAGCGCUGGGAGCAUCAUGACCCAGGAUCUCAGUUCAGACCCAGCUUUAAUUUUAGAUAUGCCAUAUAAUCUACUUGUCCAGUCCAGUGCCACUCCCUCAUCUUAGAGUGGCUGAUAACAGAUUUAUAGGUCUUCAUAACAAGAUAAGAAUUUGUUAUGGCUCUUUUAGACCUCAGAGGGUUUGAGGGCAGCAACUUCAAAACCACAAUGCUUCGAGUCCUGCAGAGAAGAUCGUCAGUGGUCAAGGAAAGACCCUGUCUUGCCCAAGCCCCUUGGGUCUGCCCCAGCCAUGGGUCUGCACCCGCCUGCCCUGCUCCCUCCUUGCCACAGUCCCUGUUUCUCUGUGCCUGCCUGUGCCAAAGCCCUGCAGAUGUGACCUUUGGUUUACAGCUGAAACCAGGAAAGGAGCCCUCCUGUGCCCAGCGCUCCCAGCAGGGCUGGAGCUCACAUGGCUUCAGGCCUGAGUCAUUUCUGGCAGCGCAAGGCAAUAGCUGCUCUAAAUAACCACAGACUAUGUGGGGUGCUUGGCUUCAUCUACCAGAUGAAGCUGGUGGAACCAAGGCUGCCAAGAGGUCCCUGGUGGGGACGAAUCUGGGCCAGCCCCAGCCAGAGGAGCUGGAGGUCUGUCCCUUGAUUUCCAAUGCAAAAAUGAAACAACUCGCCUUGCGCUGAUGGUGUCAGAAGUAUCGUAUCGUCUCCCAACACUGGUGGCAUCGUACCGAGUAAUUUAUUGCAAUGAUGAAUCCAAUCAUUUUCUGUAAAUUAUUUUGUAAAUCACAUUGAUUGUUUAUAAUUGGGAGAUUAAAUGCAAAAAAAACCCAAACAACCCCGUAAUAACAGGCUGUCUUUUCCAACUGCAGCAACCUUUUUUCCUGUACGUAGAGAUACUCUGUGGGGAAUCCUUUUUGGUCCAUUUACACCAAGCAUUCCUCGAUACUGUACAUUAAUUUUUGCUGGUUACUGCCUUCCAAUGGAAACAGAGGAAUAUUUCUUCACUAGAGUUUGUAUUAAAAAAAAAAAAAAAAAAAAAGAAAAAAGAUAAAUAAAUGCAGAAAUAUUUUCUAACUUUUCCCAGACAGAUGGAUUUCUUUCUUCUGGGAGGAUUUAUUUUAAAUCAAGGGGCUCACCUUCAUGUUGGGCUGAGCACAAAGCAUAUGUGUUUUGAGAAAAAAGCCCAAACAAGUAUUGAUGCUGUCGCCAGCUGUCACUAUUUCCUGGCAAGCCUCAUGUUAGCUGAUGUCUGUCCUGGAGCCACGUGUGCAGGAAUCGUAAGAUUGAAUGACAAUCCCAAUUUUCAUUAAAAGAAAAACAAACACGAAGAUAAAUAUUUGCUUUCAUGAUUCCAGAGAGACUAAAGACUUGAAGCGACCACACUGUGAAAGCCAAGUGAAGGAAGCCAAAAUAUGUUAUUAGCAUUUCGAAUGUGUUCAUUUUUAAGUCCCUCUUGUAUUUCAAAGGUAAUUUCUAAGCACUUUAGGGUGAUGACUCUGCUUUGGUUCACACACAGCCAAGCUACUGCUGGCAGCAGGUGCAGCCAAAGGCAAACUGAGCCUACAGGGCACAAUAAGGCGAUAAAGUGAAAGUCAAUUUGUCACUGGUUGUAAAGGUGAAGAAAUACACUGACAAUUAGAGAAGGCUCUUAAUGACCUGUUUUUCUGCUCACGGGACCCUGCUCUCAGGUGUAGCAUGCCAGGAAGAUAACGGGAAGAAGGGAGAGAAGUCUAGAUGGCUGUAAAGAUUAGGUACCCAGGGAGGAACAACAUUCAGCAUUUUCAUCUGCAGCAGGUGCCCCUCAUGUGUCUCAUCUCCCACCCUUGAGGUGAAAUGGGGUGGGCAGUCCCAUCCCAGGUAUGAGGGCUCAAGAAGCAGCCUGAUUUUCCAUCCCACUUGCACAUCCAGUGGCUUUCCAGUGACCGUCAAUGCAGGUGUGAGAUGCAGGAAGGAGAUUCAGAGCUGCAUUUGAGGACCUUGUGGAGACAGCACUUAGAGACUGCCUCCACUCUGGGGCCAAGGACCCAGGAGAAUAGGACAGACCUCAAAUAGUAUACCCUCAACACAUGUGC